AUGGAGCUACCUAUCCCCAACAAGCUGAAAAAGCUGUGGGAUGUAUGGGAUAUCCCAACCUGCAUUCUAUUGAGCCUCUUCUUACAGGUUUUCUUAGUACUCUUUGCAUCCUUCAAGCAACGCAGUAAAAAUUCAUUUCUUCUCUUCCUCAUCUGGUCGGCAUAUUUGUCCGCGGACUGGAUAGCUGCAGUUACUCUUGGACUGAUCACCAAAGUCCUGACAGACCCUUUUCAUGACCCUCAUGUCAAUGAAGAACUUCAUGCCUUCUGGGCUUCAUUUCUUUUGUUGCAUCUUGGUGGCCCUGAUUCCAUUACUUCUUUUGCUCUCGAGGACAAUGAGUUUUGGCUGAGGCACUUGUUCGGACUCAAUCUGCAGGUGAUGGGUGCUGCUUACUGCAUCUUUCUAACACUUCCCAACAACAGUCUAUGGAUUCCAACCAUUCUAGUCUUCGUUGUUGGAAGUGUUAAAUAUGCAGAGAGGACAGUGGCUCUGUAUCUUGCCAGCUUGGAUCAUUUUGAAGAUACUGUUGGUGAUUUCGAAGAUCCAAAUGCUGAGCUUGAACCUGAGGGUGCCAAGUUUGAUUUCAAUCUGCCUUCAGAAUCAAAUGACAUUGAGUUGCUGAUGCUUUCUUAUUCCCUUUUCAAAAGCUUCAAGGGGAUUAUCUUCCAGCACCCUCUGAGCUCCAAACUGGUAGAAUCAAGCAGAAAGUUAUUUUGUAAGAUAAAAAAUCCGAAUGUUGGCUUUAAAUUAAUGGAGUACGAGCUCAGCUUCAUGUACGAGGUCUUCCACACCAAGGCAGCUGCGGUACGUAGUAGAAUUGGGUUGGUAUUUCGUUUGAGCAGCUUUUGUUUCAUCCUUGGAGCUUUUAUAUUGUUCCAUUUUGUAGUUAAGGAUCAUGAUGAUAAGUUUGGUGGAUUUGAAACGUCACUUACUUAUGCCUUGCUCAUUGGAGCCAUAGUACUGGAUGCCAUAUCCGGAAUUAAACUCAUGCUAUUUUCUGAUUGGAUCCUGGUUUCCAAUAAUGGAUUAAUCAAGAGAUGGAGAAAAUUUAUCCCAGCAUAUAUUUUGAAAAGAAAGAGAUGGUGCGAGUCAGUUUCGAAGUAUAAUAUGAUAGAUUAUUGCCUUGAUGAACGUAGGUUAUGGAAACGCAACUUGCCUGACUGUGUUAGAGCCGUGGUAGACAAAAUAACAAACAUGUUGUUUUCAUCCUCAGAGGAUGACAUUGAGGAUCUCAAAAGCUUCAUCUUUGAAAAAGGUGUUAAGUUUCUUGAUGAAGUUCAUGAUGAGGAUGAGUUUUUAUUUGCAACAAAGGUCCUUCAUUUGCAUUUAACUACCGAAAUUGGUUACCACCAGAAGCAGACCGAAUCAGGAGACAAUACAGAAGAAGCAAAAAGUAGCAGAAGAAUUUGCAAGGUGAUUUCGGAUUACAUGUUUUACAUUCUCAUCAUGAAGCCUGAAAUUCUCGGUCCAUCAGUUAUGGGAAUCAAAUGGAAGAAAAACUUCAAGAACGCAGUUGAAGAGGCCAAGAAAUAUUUGGUGAAAUACCAAAUUUCGGAUCAUACAAAAGCUUGCAAUGCGUUUCUUGAUUAUCAUAAUACGAAAGAAAAGGGUGGGAGACAAACCUUGCUCUCCAAUGCAUGUUCAAGUGCAAAAGAUUUGAAGCUGGAAAAGAAUUGGAAGCUUUUGAGUGAUUGGUGGGCUGAAUUGUUGUUCUUUGGAGCCCUUAGAAAUAGACCAAUAUUAUAUGCACAGCAGGCAAGCAAGGGUGGUGAGCUUUUGACAUUCACUUCGUUUCUCCUCCAUCAUUCAAGCGAACGUAAUGAUAAGUUUAAAGAAGAGAACUUCACACGACACGUGAGUGAUGGAUCACAGCAUGCUAGCUAA